CGGUGCGGGAUCGGCGCGGGGCCCGGCGGGGCCGCGGGGGGGGCGGCUGCUCCGUAUACCGGCCUGGGGAGCGGCGUCGGCGGUUGUGCCGGAGCCCACACCGGCACCCGGCGUUACCUGGCGAGCGGUGCUUGCCCUGGAUGUCUGCUUCUGAAACUGCAGGCUUGGAAGAGCAGCUGCAAGGAUGGGGAGAAGUGAUUUUGUUGACGGACAAAGUCCUUCGCUGGGAGCGAGCCUGGUUUCCCCUGGCACUGAUGAGUGUUGUCUCCUUUGCUUUCCUGAUGAUCUACUACUUGGACCCAUCAGUUCUUUCAGGUGUCUCCUGUUUCGUUAUGUUCCUCUGUUUGGCUGAUUACCUUGUUCCUGCUCUCGCACCUCGAAUCUUUGGCUCUAAUAAAUGGACUACGGAACAGCAGCAAAGAUUUCAUGAGAUUUGCAACAAUUUGGUGAAGUCUCGUCGCCGGAUCGUUGGCUGGUGGAAACGCCUCUUUGCUCUAAAGGAAGAGAAGCCUAAAAUGUACUUCAUGACCAUGCUCUUUACUCUUGCCGUGGUUGCCUGGAUUGGACAGCAAGUCCACAAUCUUUUCCUGACUUAUUUAAUCGUAAGUUUCUUUUUGCUGUUUCCUGGACUAAACCAGCAUGGGAUCAUCACAAAGUACAUUGGAAUGGCGAAAAGGGAGAUAAACAAACUUCUCAAGCACAAGGAAAAGAAAAAUGAAUGAAGACUUAGCUGCUGUUCACUCUAGUUAAAGGUUUCCUUGGGAUCAGUUUUGAGAAUUAACGUAUAAUUAAGACAAUAGAAGUUACAUUGCUCACUGGCUUUUUUUUUUUUUUAAUUGGCUCCCUGAUGAAGUGAAAAUUUCACUGCAGCAACUGCUGUGGGUUUGUCUCUCUUGCUGUGCUGAGUUGGGUUCUGCAGCCUGCAUCUGAUCCUGUCUGAGAGAUCCUCUCCUUUGGUGUGUGGAACUUGUUAAGUGUCUUCAUCAAACUCAGAAACCCUGUCAAUAAACACCCCAACAGCAGAGCUGUGAUUCCUGGUAGUAGUUCUGUGGCUGUCUUAGUUCGCUGAUCAUUAGUUGUGGCUGCAGCAGGUAUGAAAGGCAGUUCUGAAGGCCUUGGAGGCUUGUUACUACUGAUCUUGUGGCAGGAGAACAAUUAGCUGAAUGAGAAUGGCCAUAGCUGAGGGUGCAUACCCAAAAUGGGAGCAGGAGGUGUUUCCAUUGUCUCACUGAAUCUGUAUACCAGAUUACCUGUUGAGUAGGGGUCUGGAAUAUAUAAAUCUGUAGUUCAGUUAUUUAGCUGUAGUGUAAACUCAUUGCACUGAGACUGUAGAAAAUGAGUGAAGGUGUGUGUUACCUGAACAGCUGAUUGUUCUGGAAACUGCUGUUGUCAUGGAGCCAUGUAGCACGUUUGGUUUUAUGAAUGUUGUUGUCUGUAUACAAAAUCACUCUGAAUAUGCUGGGUUUGUCUCUGUAAAUAAGCCUGAAUUGUUUGUGCUUUUCUAUGGCCUUUCCCUCCUUUUUUAAAACUGAACUUUUUUUCUUUAAAAAGCUAAAACCUGUGUUAAUGUGUGAAAAGUUUACUGUUUGAAAAUGAAACUCUCUUCAGUGUCUAUUGUAACUGUUGAAUAGGUAAAUACAGACUACAGAAAAACUUG